AUGGCCCUCCACCAUUCGGUUUCCAGCGACGGAUCCCACACCUUCUACUCCCCCGUCGCCGCAAAAUACCUCCACGUGUCGCUGUCGGCCACAACGGUGUUAGAUACCGAGCCCAGCGGAAACGUCCAAAACCAAUCGGCUGCCGUUUCUUGCAUUCUUGGAGUCAUCAAGCUUAAGUACAGCAAGUAUGUCAUCACGGUCGAUGAACACGAAGUGACUGGCCGCAUCAAUGGCGCAGAAAUUGCCCGUGUCAAGCGGUUCAGCGUCACCGCUGUGGGUUCCCACACUGUGUCCGGUAAAGAUGCCGAAGAACAGCAGUACCUUCGGUUGUUGAACAGCCAAUUGGAAAAGGCUACGCUCUAUUUUUCUAUUGGCAACGCCUAUGAUCUCACAAACUCGUUGCAGCGGCAAUUGGGCACUGAAAGCGUCCCUCAGCCAGACGAUAGGUUCUGGUGGAAUAAGUACAUUUGCGAGGAGUUGCUUGCUGCCGGUGCUGCUGCAGACUGUUUCGUCACCCCUGUCAUUUACGGCUACGCCAAAUCUCAUUCGGCCCAGUUCCGCGGCUCCAAUAAGUUGGACUUUGCUUUGAUCACCCGUAGAUCCCGCUUGCGAGCCGGUACCAGAUACUUCCGUAGAGGCAUUGACGAAGACGGCUCGGUGGCCAACUUCAACGAGACAGAACAGAUCUUCACCACUUUCGAUGGCCAUCUCUUUUCUUACUUGCAAACAAGAGGCUCUGUGCCCGUCUACUGGACCGAAAUCAACAACCUCAAGUACAAGCCUAAUUUGGUGGUCAGCACCCGUUCCUCGGUAGAGGCAACUGCCAAGCAUUUCCGCGAGCAGAUCGAUUUGUACAACGAUAAUUACUUGGUCAAUUUGGUCAACCAGAAGGGCUACGAGAAGCCCGUCAAAGAUGCCUACGAGAGCGCUGUGCUGAGCUUGCCAGGCCCCAUUGCCGCUCAUGUCAAAUACAUUUACUUUGACUUCCAUCAUGAGUGCCGUAAGAUGCGUUGGGAUAGAGUUCGUCUUCUCAUCGAGCAUCUCAAGGAGUUGGGCUACUCCAAUGACAAUUACUUCAUGUACGAUUUGAACUCGAAGACAGUCAAACGCAGACAAAAUAAGGUGCUCAGAACAAACUGUAUGGACUGCUUAGAUAGAACCAAUGUCGUGCAGUCUAUGUUGGGUAGAUGGGUGUUGCAAGACCAACUAGAGAAGGCUCACUAUUUGCCCGACCCUAAUGCCACCGCAUGGGAGGUUGCUGACCCGCUGUUUAACCUUUUCUUCCAAGGCUUCUGGGCAGACAAUGCUGAUGCCGUCUCAUGCGCCUACUCUGGCACUGGUGCUUUGAAGACUGACUACACUAGAACAGGCCAAAGAACUAAGAUGGGUGCCCUUAGCGACUUGAACAACUCCAUCACCAGAUACUACUUGAAUAAUUACCGUGAUGGCCACAGACAGGAUUCGUACGACUUGUUCUUGGGUAAGUACCGUCCAUUCCGAGACUCGCUUCACAAUCCGUUCAUUGACAGAAGACCACCAUUCAAUCAAUUGGUGCCUUACUUGAUCGGCGCCUCGUUUGUGGUGCUUUUGGCUCUCUUGACAUACCCCAAGGGACCAUUGACCAGUUGGAAGAACAUGGCAAUCAUUGCCGGCUGUUUGGCUUUUGGCUUCAACAACACCUCAUACGUGCUCAAAAAUGGAUACCAAUUUGUAGACUGGCCACAAUUGUCACCUUUGGACUUCUUGAAGAAGGCCGAGGUGCACGACGCCGACGGCAAGUUUGUGGGCAUCAGCUAUCAAGAAAACGACCAUUUCAAGACGGGCAAGAAGCGGAACUAA